AACCAAAGCGAAAAACUGGCGGUCUCUCAUUCCAGUCUUAAAAGCUUACACCUCUUCUCCUCUCCAUCUCUCUCCAUCUCUCUCUCACUCUCCCUCUCCCCCUCUUCUCUGAAAUGGCCGACCAGGAGAAUUGCACAAGGCUCACUCGGGCAGCCAAGAAGAGGGCUGUGGCUGCUGCGCAAUCUCAGCAGGACCUGGUUCCGGCCACGAAGAAGAAGAGGACGGUGUUGGGUGAGCUCCCGAACUUCUCCAAUGUUGUGGCGGAUCCGGUUCCGGAUGCUGAACCAUCAAAGCGCAAGUUGCGACCAUCAAAGAAGACAGAACGGAAGCUGCUGAUGGAUGUUGAAGCGAAUACAAAUGAUCCCCAGUUGUGUGUUCCUUAUGCGUCGGAUAUCUUCGAGUAUCUGCAUUCCAUGGAGAUUGAACCAAAGCGGCGGCCCUUGCCCGAUUUCAUUGAAGCCGUUCAGAAAGAUGUUACAGCCAACAUGCGGGCGAUUCUAGUGGACUGGCUGGUUGAAGUUGCAGAGGAAUACAAGCUCAUUUCUGACACUCUUUAUCUCACUGUCUCCUACAUUGAUCGGUUCCUCUCUUUGAAUAAUCUAAACAGACAGAAACUUCAGCUCUUGGGUGUUUCUUGCAUGCUCAUUGCAUCAAAGUACGAGGAGAUCAGCCCUCCACAUGUGGAGGAUUUUUGCUAUAUAACAGAUAAUACUUACACCAAAGAAGAGGUUGUGAAGAUGGAAACUGAUGUGCUCAAAUUUCUGAACUUUGAGAUGGGCAAUCCCACCAUAAAGACUUUUACCAGGAGAUUCUUGAUGGCUGCUCAGGAGAACUCUAAACAAGGAGAUCUAAAAUUGGAAUUCUUAGGUAAUUAUCUUGCUGAGCUUAGUUUAUUGGACUAUGGUUGUGUGCGGUUCUUACCAUCGAUGAUUGCUGCGUCAGUCAUAUUCAUCACAAGAUUCACCAUACAACCAAAGAUGCACCCUUGGAAUUCAACUCUGCAACGUUGCUCAGGCUAUAGACCGUCUGAUAUAAAGGAAUGCAUCCAAGCCAUACAUGACUUGCAACUGAGUAGGAAAUGGGGCACUCUAGCAGCAAUAAGAGACAAAUACAAUCAGCACAAGUUCAAGUGUGUGGCAGCAUUGACGUCUCCUUCAGAUAUCCCUUCUUUAUAUUUUGAAGAUAUCAAAGCUAGUCAUUGAUCUGGGUUCUGUUAGAGCAAGGUUAUGGAAAGCAUAGGUGGAAGAAAGACUUGAGAUGUAUAGUUAUUGUGGGUUACUCUUAUAACAUGAGAUCCUCUAAGCUUCUGCUGUUUGACAUGGAGUUAUUGCCAGCUUAUAUUGCUCAAGGCAUGAUUUUUCUGGCUUAGAAUCAGUGGCCUUUUGCAAUACAUGAAGGCAUAUCUUUCCUUGCAAUGAAAGAUAUGGUGCCAUACUCAGUGUAUCUGUUGGAGCAACAUGCGAUAGUUUCAUAUAUAUACUUCUUCUAUUGAUGUUUUCUAGGGGAUUCCAUGCUUGAAGAGAGAUCAUUAACUGAAGGAUGACAUAGGGUGGUGAACCACCAUGACAGAAGAACACUAAUACUCGUCUAUUAAUUCCCUUCUUUUUUUUCCCUUCUCUCAUACUGUUCUAGGAUGUUUUGGGAAUAUGAUCUUGUAAUUUUUUUUUUUCUUUUUCUGUUUUGAAGAAAUGGAAGUGAAGAUGAUCUUUGUAACAUUAAGCUUUUGCUUAAUUGUUUUAGGUCAAGUAAAGAUUAAACACACAAAUUGCGAUCCAAUAAAGGAUAGCAGUAUGCAGUUUGUAUGCCCUUUGACUAACCCUUUGUGGAUGCUCUGUUCAGUGUUUAAGAGUGUGCUUAAACUCUGGUUUAAAUAUCAAUUUUCCUAGUUGUA